AUGUAUCAAGAGUUUACUUUGCGCAGGAGGCCUCCAAUCCACGAUCCUAAAGAGUUUCAAAUCUUCUGUCGUUCAGCCGGAGCCCCCACCAUUUUCGAUACAAUAUUAAACGCAAUGACGGACCUAAGACAUUCACAGUUAAGACUAGGCACCAACGAAAAACGAACUGUUGCCAUCAUUUACAAGCUAUGUUACGGACUUAGCCAGGUUUGCAACUGGUUGCAAACCGACCAUGCAUUGUUUCUAAAAGACUCAAAUCUAAACCAAAGAGGCUUAGAAGCCCAAAGAGAAAUGGGAAAAUCCUGUUGCCGGAGAAGAGUCAACAUUCUACAUGCAGAACUUGCAGAAAGUAACACAAAUAUGAUAGGAGAACUGAUUUCGGAAGCUAUUAAAGAACAAUGGCAACUGGUGUUAAUCAUUGACGAUUACACUUCAAUACACAGCAAACGACGUCCAAAAACCGAUCAACUAUGCCAUCCCAAAAGUAUGUGCACAAUAGUAGUUAAAGUGUUUAAAAAUGUCGAGGCAAUUCCGAGAUGUUCAGCAACAACAUAUCGUAAUGUAGACGGCAUAGACAUUACCUCUUGUGUCAAGACUUUGUCAAGUUCAUCCUCAAUGUACAAACUGGCCUUUACCUAUUCAUCUGCAAUGCCUGCCUGGAUACGUAACACGUUCUUCAAUCCAGAACUCGAAAGGCACAGACUUGCCGUGCAUGAAUAUAAUGAGAAUGACUCUGUGAGGACGAUGAGGCAGAUGACAGACGUUCAUUUACUGCAAUUCAUUGAGCUUACUCUUAAAAGCAAGAAGGACUUUUCGGCCGCAUAUGACAUUGUUCUGAGUACAAGAAUGGCUGACUACUUAAAAAAAUUUCUUGUAAUUCAGCCUGGAGACUGGCCUGCGCAGUUUUACAGUAGACAGAUUAUUUACGAAACGCUGCAAAAAUACUAUCGAUCCUCCCCCGAUACACUUCAUGGUACACCCAUUCCUACGGAUCAUGAAUAUACAACACCAUUUAAUUCUGGAUAUCGUCAGUGGGCAACCGCCGAAGAAAGUCCUGCACACAUCAAUAGUCAGCCUGCCAUCUUAUCUCUUAUUCCAUGUAUAGGUCCUCUUCACAUCUCUCUGAACGGCAGAGAAACAGUAUUUAAAGAUUUUGUGGGCUUCUUUGAAAAUAUUUAUUCUUUUUCCCAGAAGCAAGUUGCCAAAAACUCCCAGGCCAUGGCGCAUUAGUCUUAUUCUUAAAGUCGUUUAUGGAGGCUGGCUGUUUAUCAGGGAAGCUGUGAAAGAAAAAUUCAAAGUUUGUAAAGACAUAGAGUACAUGACAUUGCUAAACUUGUUAGACAAUUACAUACCACUUGUUCUGACAAUUUACAGCACAUCGUUCAAGCUAAACAACUUCUUUGAAUACUUCAUACGAAUAUGGACUAUGUUCAUGUGUCUCGAGCGGCAUCAUUAUGACAAGGCUCCUCUUGUGUGGAUAGCGAUGUGUACUUACUGGGGGAUAAAUAACCCUGACCUAUAUCUCAUGCUUCGUUUGUUUUAGUUAUUUUUGAUGAGUACCCUGUGGAAAAUGCCCAUAGCAUCAUUAGAUCAAAGACAAGUGACAGUGACACAAUUGAACAGAUGCAGCAGAAAGCAAAGGGUUCAUUUCAAUCAAAAGCAGCGCAGCAUUCAUUUAAAUCUUAUUUUUCCCCUCCUUCUAGCUUUACCUUCAGUGCUAACCAGCUGAAAUAUCUAAAAAUGAAGUGUGCAGCAUUAAUUUCUUCAAUAUUCAUAAAGAUAGCCCAGAAUCCGGGAAAAGGGGAAUUCAGAGGCAAGGGGAAAAACCUGAGGGUGGUUUUGCCAAGAAUCUUUGGACCAGACCCUGUUAAAACCAAAAUACUUCCUCUAGGCUAUUGCUCUGAGAUUAAGCCUGAUCCCGACAAGAUAUGCGACAUGCCAGGUUGUACUGUAACAAAUGAUGCUGAGUGGGUUCUCCUUGAAGGAUGUUCUCACUCAUUUCACCUCACUUGCCUCUCAGAAAUCCAACACUGCCCACUGUGCCAAAAAUUUGUACAGCAAAAAGCAGAUAGCCUGGGAACCACAGCAAAGAAUGCAAUCCUCAACCCCAAAAACAGAAACACAGAGAAAAACAAAGGCAGUGAUUCAGUAACACCACAAGAUGAAUCUAACUUGCUUGACACAUCAAAGGAACCUACAUGUAAUGUACCUAACAGUGAAAUAAAGGAUUUGGAUGCCAAUAUUACUUACUUGAUCAAUCAAAUAUCUACCUUAUCACCUAUUGCCCCUCCAUCACAAAGGAAACACUCUAAACAACAGCAACCCACUACAGUUACUAAACCACCCCACUGUAAGAAGUGCGGCCAUCUAGUCAAAGGGCAUAAAAGACCAAAAGGAAAUCAAGUUAAGUGUGAGCAGUGUCCUGGG